GUUUGAUUUUUAUUUUCCUCCCUUGGCGAGAGUGGUCUGAUAAACCCCAAAAAUUCCGAACGCAAAAGCCGUUGUUGGAAAUCCCUUCUACUGUUAUCUUUGUCCUGAUUCAUUCUCCUUGUCCUCUCUCUUUCUCUCCCCAUGAUUACAGUCGGCCGUUUGCUAAACCUUGUGCAACUCACAAAUUCAAAACCCAAAUCACUCAGGGACGACAAUGGCUAUUACGUUCGUAACCUGAAUAAGUUGCAGUACCCCUCUUUCUUGGUAAGGGUCAACAAUGCUUCUCUGAAGGUCAGUAGUUGGAAAGAAGAGCAAGCUAUAGUUUCAUUCCCUAAUGGUAAAGCUUUUCAAGAAGAGGCAACAGAAGAUGGUGGAAAUACAAAAGAGGAAGAUGACCUUGACAGCUUGGAUGGUCUUAAGAUGAUCCGUGUCUGUGACAAGUUGAUUGAAGUAUUUUUAUUAGACAAACCCUCUGCAACUGAUUGGAGAAGAUUAUUAACCUUCAGUAAAGAAUGGAGCUGUAUCCGGCCCCACUUUUUUCUGCGUUGCGAGGAACGGGCAGAUAGUGAAGAUAACCCUGAAAUGAAACACAAGCUACUUCGUCUUGGAAGGAAGCUGAGGGAGAUUGAUGUAGAUGUCCAGCGAAAUAAUGAACUUCUUGAAGUUGCGAGAGGAGCCUCAAAGAAUAUUAGUGAAGUAGUUGCAAGGCGUCGUAAGGACUUCACUAAAGAGUUUUUUGAGCAUCUUCACACUGUUGCUGAAUCCUAUUUUGAUAAUCCAGUAGAGCAAAAUGCUGUGGUAGAGCUCGGGAACACGUGCUUAUCUGCGGUACAAGCGUAUGAUACGGCUUCUGAUAGCAUAGAGGCUAUAAAUUCUGCUGAAGUGAAGUUCCAGGACAUUAUCAACUCUCCCUCCUUAGAUGCUGCUUGCAGAAAAAUAGACACCUUGGCUGCGAAGAAUGAACUUGAUUCUGCUCUGGUUUUGAUGAUAACAAAAGCUUGGUCUAGUGCCAAAGAAUCAAACAUGAUGAAAGACGAGGUAAAGGAUGUGUUGUAUCAUUUAUACAAGACUGCAAGAGGUAACCUUCAGAGGCUAAUGCCAAAGGAGAUCAGGAUUGUGAAAUAUCUUUUGACAAUUGAGGAUCCCGAGGAGACACUUUCUGCUCUCCAAGAUGCAUUUACUCCUGGAGAAGAGCUUGAAGGAAAGGAUGUCGAUAAUUUGUACACGACACCGGAGAAGCUGCAUACCUGGAUAAAAGCUGUGGUGGAUGCAUACAAUUUCAGCCAAGAAGGAACACUAAUUAGAGAUGCAAGGGAUUUGAUGAAUCCUAAAAUAAUACACAAGUUGGAGGAACUAAACAAGAUUGUUCUAGAUAGAUUUUUGUAAGUAGAUUAGCAUAACAUAACUGUUCAAUAUUGACGCCUCAGUUAACAAAUGUGUGAAUCGCUAUGAUAUCCUGGACAGCUCGAUCUCCUAUCCUUACGGAAAGAGAAAUUCACCACGUAUACUGUAUAUUCAGCCCUUCUCAUUAUUUCUCUCUCAUCAAAGUAAAUUAAUGCUGUAGGUUUUCUGUUGCUAUCAGUCUUAUGCUGCUGAUGUAUCGUAGUCACUGGAUUUGGUAUUCUUCCUCUUUAACAACUAUAAUUUAUCUGGUCCAGAAGAAGAGUUUGUUGGA